ACAAAUCUUACCUUCAACAUCAACGUGCACUUUCAUUUCUCUCCGAUCAAGAAAUGACGGCUGGACUCGGGAAAUGCAGCAAAAUCCGACACAUUGUCAGGCUCCGACAAAUGCUCCGACGGUGGCGCAACAAGGCACGAAUAUCCGCCAAUCGUAUCCCCUCGGACGUACCGGCCGGACACGUGGCCGUUUGCGUUGGAACGAGCUGUCGACGGUUCGUCGUCCGGGCAACUUACUUGAACCACCCGGUUUUCAAGAAGCUUUUAGUCGAAGCAGAAGAGGAAUACGGGUUUAGCAAUUCAGGCCCCUUGGCAAUCCCUUGCGACGAAUCGGUUUUCGAAGAAGUGAUCCGGUUCAUCUCUAGAUCCGAGCCACCCAACUCGGGGCGGUUCGUGAAAUUGGACGAUUGUCAGAGUUACUACCAUAUCGGAAUCAGAAACAGAGUCGAUUUCUGGCCGGAAUCUCGGCCUUUGCUUCAUGGAUUGGCCGAGAAAUCCAUCUGGUAAAAAAAAUCCGUCUGAAUCAAAUAUAA